GUUUCAGUUUGCCAUCUUGAAACGUUUUAGACUAGUUAUAGAACUUCACAACGAUCUAUUCAGUGUAAAAGCCCUGUGAUUCGGUGUUUGACAUACGUAAUAUAUAUUUCGUGUAUUGUGCUUAAAACGAUUAUGGUUUAAUAAAUUGUAAAAUUAACAUUUAGCAGUACGAAAAAUGCGUGAAGUAAUUUUAGUCUAUUUAAUCUCAUGAAUUUCUUCUUGUGGCGUUGGUUUUUCACUGUCGCAUUUUGCGUACUCUGUUUAUUCACAACACUUAUUCAGUAUAUUCUAUGUCAGCAGCACUAGUAGUUGGAGAAUCGUGAUUGGAGCAUGCGCUGAUAUUCAUUUCUUUAGCCAUUCUGAUUCUUCAGGUCGGCGGUAAUCAUCGCUCGUGAUUAGUUACAUUACUGUGUUUGGUUAUACUGCUAUACUUUUCCGGAGAUUGCGUGAUAUGUGUUUCAUGCGCGCGUAUUAAUAUUAUAUUUGGAAUGCGCGGAACAUCGAGACGAACUCUACACAUCUAUAUGUUUCACCGAUUGAUCGAUCGUAAUACCUGCUAACCGAGGUUUUUACUUGCUUACAAGAGACUAUAAAAUUACGUUUGUGUAUAUAUAUGUGUACCUCUAUGUGCAUAUGCGUAUGUAUGGUGUCGCGUUUCGUUGGUUCACGGUAUAACGAACAUUGGAUACAAACAUUUUUCAGUGGAAUGAUAGGCGUGUCACUAGAUCAGACAAAUGUGCGCUAGCACUCACACCGUAUCAUCAGCACAUUCAGCGCAGCUAAACUACUAAAGAAGAAGAAGCAGCUCUUAGAAUUUUCUUAAGGCCCUAGCUGUGGUUGUAAUAGCAUCUUUCAUAAAAUGGCAGAGGAGUGCAACGAUGUUAAGUCUGCAGGUCCAUCUUCACCACGAAGUCCUCAAAACAACGUUGCAGGUGGAAAACCUACCAGUCCCCAGUCCCCUAGACAACCGAGACGCGUGAAGCUAACACAGCAACAAAUGGAUGCCAUGACAAAGGACGAGCUAGCAGCCAAGUGGCAUGAACAGGACUUGUAUGUGGAGUGUCUAGAGGCCCAGGCCGCAGCCCAGGAAGGUGAACUAACAUCGUUGAGAGAGUCUGAAAACAAAUACAGGCAACAACAUGCAGAAGCAUCUCAUAGAGAGAAAAUCUUAGUCAGGAGACUUGCCUCUAAAGAACAGGAAUUACAAGAAUACAUUAAUCAAAUUGCUGAAAUGAAAGCUGCUCAUGCUCCGUCCGCUGCUGCACUAAGAUCUGCUUUGCUAGAUCCAGCUGUAAACAUUUUAAUUCAGAAAUUGAGGCAAGAACUUGUUACAACCAAAGCGAAAUUAGAAGAUACUCAAAAUGAACUUAGUGCAUGGAAAUUUACACCAGAUAGUAACACGGGAAAACGGUUAAUGGCAAAGUGUAGAUUAUUAUAUCAAGAAAAUGAAGAAUUAGGUCGUAUGAUUGCCAGUGGCCGUAUUGCUAAACUAGAAGGAGACCUUGCACUACAGAGGAGCUUCAGUGAAGAAAUGAAAAAAUCACAGUCAGAGUUGGAUGAAUUUUUACAAGAUUUGGAUGAAGAUGUAGAAGGGAUGCAAAGCACAAUUUAUUUCUUACAACAAGAGUUACGCAAAGCUCGCGAAUCAGUAACGUUAUUACAACAAGAAAACGCGGCGUUAAAAGCGAACUCCAGUGAAAAUAACUUGACGAAUGGUUUGUCUCCGCAUACUCCACCUAUUAAGAAAGAGGAAUUGGAAGAAAACUCGGUUUUGGAAACAAAAACUUCGAAAUCAAUAGAGGAUAGUGAUGUGUGUAAAGGUGCUAGGACUCCACCGUUAUCGUCAGGAUGUUCGCCUCAGUGUGAGUUUUCUAGUACUGAAAGAACAGAGAGAGUAGAACGGAAGCCUAAUCAAGCCGAUCAUAAUGAUGAAAGCUCGAGUGAUUCAGCUGCUUUAAUUAUUAAAGUUGAGAAUGAGGAAUUAAGUGAUAGGGAGGAAGAACAGGAAGAAAAUCGUAAUAACAAAAGGAUAUUAAGGAGCAAAAGUCAUAAUAGAAGUAACAGUAAAACUAAUGGGGAAGAGGUGCUAACUAGAACAACAAGGGGUAGGGAUAGGACCAAAAGGGAUAAAAGUGCACCAGGUAGUGACGAUGAAAGGACACACAAGAAAAAGAGAAGGGAGAGUAUUCUUUCUCUCGAUUAUAACGAAGCUGAUGACGAUGCAUUAGUCCUAACUAAUGGUGAGACGCUUCAGAGCGAUCCAGAAUGAACAAUUUUCUAGGAUGAUUUUAUACACAUAACGUUUGUUACAUAUGAAUCAGGCUUGGCGUGACUUGGUAUACAGUACAAGUUAAAUCUAAUGUUCUCGAUUUCUUUGGUUAUUUGGAAAUUAUGAUAUGGAAUGACGAAGCUGUAGAUCCUACUGACAACAAUUUUGUAUUAUUUUACACAAUAUAUCUGUAAAUAUGUUUCUUAUUUUGAAUAAUUAUAAGUCACGUUAAUGUCAAGAAAACUACACAUAAUUACAUAUAAUUGUAUGUUCACAACAUAACACGGCGUUGGAAUAAAGGGGUAGAUAGUUUGAACUAUUUUUUUGCGAUUGAAUCACAUUAAAAUUUUUAAUAAGUAUUCAUUAUUAUAUAAACGAACGCAUCGAUGUUUUAAAAAAAAACGCAUUGUAAAUUCAUUGAAACAUUGAUGAUAAACUGUGUUAGAUUUUUUGAACGAAUCACAGAGUAUAUAGAUAACAAUAAAACAAUAAUUAAGGCUAUGCCUUUUUCAUUAUGUAAAUACACACAUGUUAAUAAUAUCUGAUACACGACGACGCACAUACACAUGUAGAUUUAUACACUAUUAUGUGCGCAAUAAUUUGUAUGUAUGUAAUGUUUUUCCAUUGUGAGAUAUACGUCUCUAGGUAUGCGCAUCGCUCGUGCAUAAAAUGUGCUUUGAAUUGUGUAUAAUAAAAUUGAGGUCUAUUUGUUAGAUUUAUUAAAUAACUGUAAAUUAUACGAAAUAUAUAAGAAUUUAUUA